CAACUUCUGUCUGGACUCAAUCCCCUUUCGUCGUUUCUAUACUUCCAUUUGAGUUCACCUGAUUCUUUUUUCAAAUUCACUAGAAAUUGGAAGAUCAUCAUCAUUUAGCUACUAGUAAUCAGCUGUUGAGGCUUCUAAUUGGUUGAAUUUCGUUUGGAAAUCGAGUUCCCAAUUGCAUUCUAGAUGAACCGGAAUGGAAGGGUUUGGUAGUGGUGGUGCCAGCAGCAGGAGAAUUACGAUGGCCAGCAGCAGUGGUAGUGGUAACAGUAGGCCGCUACCACAGUGCGGCGGUCGGAGGAGAGUAGUUGCUACGAAGAAGCGCGACCGGACCAACUUGCUAUCUGUCAACAACAGCGUCAACAAGAUUCAGAGGCGUGAGAUUUCUUCCAAACGCCACCGUUCCUUUUCUAACACCAAUUCCAUCCACCGGUUUAGGAACAUCCGCUUGACGGAGCAAUAUGAUACUCAUGAUCCCAAGGGACAUUCAUCAUUUGUAUUACCAUUCUUGAUGAAAAGGGCAAAGGUCAUUGAAAUAGUGGCAGCACGUGGUAUCGUAUUUGCCCUUGCAAGUUCUGGUGUUUGUGCAGCUUUUAGUAGAGAUACAAACAAGAGGAUAUGUUUUAUGAAUAUCUUUCCAGAUGAAGUCAUCCGUAGCUUGUUUUACAAUAAAAAUAACGAGUCACUAAUUACAGUAUCCGUAUAUGCUUCAGACAACUUCAGUUCACUGAAAUGCAGAUCAACACAAAUAGAAUACAUUCAAAGAGGCAAACCAGAUGCUGGUUUUCCUCUUUUUGAGUCCGAGUCCCUGAAGUGGCCUGGCUUUGUGGAGUUUGAUGAUGUCAAUGGGAAGGUACUUACCUACUCUGCACAAGAUAGCAUAUACAAGGUCUUUGACCUGAAGAAUUAUACACUCUUAUACUCUAUAGCAGACAAAAAUGUAGAAGAAAUCAAGAUCAGCCCUGGCAUCAUGUUAUUGAUUUUCAGUAGGGCUCUGAGCCAUGUUCCUCUUAAGAUACUAUCAAUAGAAGACGGCACAGUUCUAAAAGAUUUCAAUCAUUUACUUCAUCGGAAUAAGAAGGUGGAUUUUAUAGAGCAAUUCAAUGAAAAGCUUCUUGUUAAGCAAGAAAAUGAGAAUCUCCAGAUUCUUGAUGUACGCAAUGCUGAGGUAAAAGAAGUUGGUAGAACAGAAUUCAUGACCCCAUCCGCAUUUAUUUUUCUGUAUGAGAAUCAGCUGUUUCUAACAUUUAGAAAUCGAACUGUUUCUGUUUGGAACUUCCGAGGAGAGCUUGUGACAUCGUUUGAGGAUCAUGUACUAUGGCAUUCCGACUGCAAUACCAAUAACAUAUAUAUAACUAGUGAACAAGACCUUAUAAUUUCUUUCUGCAAGGAUGAUUCAGAUGAUCAAUGGACUGAUGGAAAAGCUGGUUCUAUUAACAUCAGCAACAUAUGGACUGGGAAACGCAUAGGUAAAAUAAACUCGAGCAAUGCAACUCCCAAUGAAGAUGAUAACCACCAAAGGAAGAUUGGAGGUAAUACGGUUGCAGAGGCUCUUGAAGACAUAACGGCCCUUUAUUAUGAUGAAGAAAGCAACGAGAUAUAUACAGGUAACAGUCAUGGUUUGGUUCAUGUUUGGUCUAACUGAAAUUAAUUAAAUAGCUUAUCAUGUGUGUAUUCUAAUGCUAUUGAUGCUAAAGAUGAAUAUGGUGUUAAUGUUCUUUAGUUGAUAUCUAUUGAGUAUGCAGAUUUGGUGGUUGACUUG